AUGAGUUCACCGUUGCGCCCCAGCAACUCUGCUGCAAAUCGUGGCUUGGGUAAUUUGGGUCGUCGAAAGAGAGAUCGAGAGCCAGAUGACGAGACCUCGUCGGUCGCUCCUCCAUCAAGCCCACCUCCAUCGUCGCCUCCUAUGCUUCCAUUCGACGAUGAAUUAGACAGAGAUGAGGAGGAUGAGAUUGUAGGAGACAUUGAUGAUAUCGAAGAGUUGGCCGAGGACGAAGAUGGCAUUGACCUCUUCGCCGAUGGUUUCGAAAGAGACUACAGGAGCGAACAGCAGGAACAAUACCGCGGCGAGUAUAUUGAUGAUGACGAAGACCAAGAAGAGCUCGAUAUUGCUACACGGCGACAGCUCGAUGCCCGCCUAAAUAAACGAGAUCGAGAGUUGGCACGUCGCCGUCGCAUGCCCGCUGCCUUUCUUCAGGACGAUGACGAGGAUACUAAUAUGGAUCUAAGCCGCCAAGUACGCCGCAGAAGGCACCAUUAUGACGAAGAACGGGAUGAUAUGGACAUGCGGGAAGAUAUUAUGGAAGAAGAGCUCUCUCUCGACGAAUUAUCUGAUGUAAAGUCCGCUAACUUGACGGACUGGAUCCUCCAACCACAAGUCAUGCGUACAAUUGGUCGUGAAUUUAAAGCGUUUAUGACCGAGUUUAUUGACGCUUCCGGUCGAUCUGUGUACGGAGAGCGUAUCAAGACACUCGGUGAGGUCAAUUCUGCAUCACUCGAGGUCUCUUAUGACCAUCUUGUGGCAGCCAAGGCCAUAUUAGGGUUCUUUGUUGCCAAUGAGCCGACAGAAGUCUUGAAGAUUUUCGACCAGGCAGCUCUUGAAACUACUCUCUACCAUUAUCCUCAUUUUGCCGAUAUUCAAAAUGAGAUCCAUGUGCGCAUCACUGAUCUCCCAGUUGUCUACUCACUGAGAGAUCUGCGACAAUCCCAUCUUAACUGUCUCGUCCGUGUUAAUGGUGUUGUUACAAGGCGAACUGGAGUGUUUCCUCAGCUGAAAUUCGUCAUGUUCCGCUGCAAUAAGUGUGAAGUUACGCUCGGUCCUUUUCAACAAGAGGCGGCACAGGAAGUCAAAAUAUCAUUCUGCCAGAACUGUCAAUCUCGAGGUCCCUUUACCAUGAACUCAGAAAAGACCGUAUAUCGAAACUAUCAAAAACUGACUCUCCAAGAGUCUCCGGGUUCAGUGCCAGCUGGUCGGCUCCCGCGUCAACGCGAAGUCAUUCUACUCGCAGACUUGAUUGAUAUUGCCAAGCCUGGUGACGAGGUAGAGGUUACUGGUAUCUAUCGAAAUAGCUACGAUGCCCAACUCAACAACAAAAAUGGCUUCCCUGUCUUUGCGACAAUCCUCGAGGCUAACCAUGUCAUCAAAUCUCAUGAUCAAAUGGCUGGUUUCCAUUUGACUGAGCAAGAUAUUGAGCAGAUCCGGUUACUUUCUAGGGAACCGGAUAUCGUGGACAAGAUAGUUCGUUCUAUUGCUCCGAGUAUUUACGGCCAUGAAGAUGUGAAGACAGCGGUCGCGCUCUCCUUAUUUGGCGGUGUGAGGAAAGAAGCGCAAGGCAAAAUGGCUAUUCGCGGAGAUAUCAACGUUCUCCUUCUCGGUGAUCCAGGAACCGCCAAGUCACAAGUUUUGAAGUACGUCGAGAAGACAGCGCAUCGAGCUGUUUUUGCAACUGGUCAAGGUGCUAGUGCAGUUGGUCUUACAGCAAGCGUCCGACGGGACCCUUUGACCAGUGAGUGGACAUUGGAAGGAGGCGCUUUGGUGCUUGCCGACCGAGGCACCUGCUUGAUAGACGAGUUCGACAAGAUGAACGACCAGGAUCGAACUUCAAUCCACGAAGCUAUGGAGCAGCAGACUAUCUCAAUUUCCAAAGCUGGCAUUGUAACAACACUUCAGGCUCGCUGUGCCGUAGUUGCCGCGGCCAAUCCACAGGGUGGUCGAUACAACGGAACGAUUCCAUUCUCCCAAAAUGUUGCUUUGACAGAACCAAUUCUAUCCCGUUUUGAUAUUCUCUGUGUAGUGCGGGACACGGUGCAGCCAGCUGAAGAUGAGCGACUUGCAACCUUCGUUGUUGAAUCACACUCCCGAGCCAACCCGCCAAAGCCUCUUAGAGAUGCCAAAGGUAGACUUAUUAACAAGGAGGGACAACUUAUUGAUGAGGAAGGUUACCGCGUGACCGAUGAGGGUGUUCGUCUGCCGCUUACUCCAGAGGAGCAACAAGCUCGGGAAGACGCCCGAAGAAAAGCUGAGGAAGAAAAGGAAGGCGAGAUCCCACAGGAGCUGUUGCGAAAAUAUAUUCUCUACGCUCGCGAGAGAUGCCAUCCGAAAUUGUAUCAGAUUGACCAGGACAAAGUUGCACGACUUUUUGCAGACAUGCGACGAGAGUCCCUGGUUACGGGGGCUUAUCCCAUUACAGUCCGUCAUUUGGAAGCCAUCAUGCGUAUAGCAGAGGCCUUCUGCAAAAUGCGCCUUUCUGAGUAUUGCUCGUCCCAAGAUAUUGACCGAGCCAUUGCUGUUACAGUGGAGUCAUUCAUAGGCAGUCAAAAAGUUAGCUGCAAGAAAGCUCUAUCGAGGGCAUUUGCUAAAUACACUUUGGCACGACCCAAGCCUCAAUCAAAACGAAAGGCUGGUAUUCCUGUGGCUAAGCCCUAUAUGCAUCGGGAAAUCCAUGCUCCGAUUGAUGAUGAUGAGUGAAAUAGCUUGUUAAAUACUACAUAGUUUGUCUGGUUCGGGGUGGAGUCUUUGAUUAUACCUUCGGCAUCUUGGGUUUAACCCCGGCGUUCUGGAAUGGAGAAGAUUAUGCUGGGGGGGAUUUUCGGUGAGCCUUUACGGAAAAUUAGAAUCUGCUGAUGGGAG